AUGAACGAUGAUACACCACUGCGUCUUGCUGUUAAAAGAGGACAUGUAGAUGCUGUUAAGAUGCUUAUGGACAGAGGUUUUACACCACUGCAUCUUGCUGUUAAAAGAGGACAUGUAGAUGCUGUUAAGAUGCUUAUGGACAGAGGUGAUACACCACUGUUUCUUGCUGUUAAAAGAGGACAUGUAAAUAGUAUUAAGAUGCUUAUGGACAGAGGUGCUAACAUUAAUGCUGAAACUCGGGAUGUGUGUGGCACAACUCUGAUUCACUAUGCGAUUGAAAAUAAGGAAAAACUAAUUGCUGAAUUACUUUCCAAUCAUGGAGCUAACGUUAACUCCAGUAACGAUAACGGUAAUACACCACUGUUUCUUGCUGUUAAAAGAGGACAUAUAGAUGCUGUUAAGAUGCUUAUAGACAGAGGUUCUAACGUCAAUGCUGAAACUUGGAAUGGUGAUACACCACUGUGUCUUGCUGUUAAAAACAGACAUGUAAAUGUUGUUAUGAUGCUGUUAGACAGAGGUGCUAACAUUAAUUCUAUACCAUAUAAGGUUUAUCGUGACCUUUAUCGUGGCAUCAAUGGUUAUGAAUCAGUUGCUGAGAUUCUUACACAGCAUAUAGUUAAGAUGAAAACUGCAAAUAUCUAC